AUGCUGCGGGAAAACCGAAACAUCCCAAAAACCAGAACCGGCACCGACUGCAGCCCGUUGGCAACUGGUCCGCGGCCGAGCAAUCGCUGGGCCGGCUGCCCCGUAUCGCUCGAGGAGGCUGUCGAGCGCUCGGGCACCCUAAUCAGUGCCGUUCAGCCGUUCGAUGGCCUGCCAACAACGACACCACCAGACCGUCGAGAGUCCGUUGCUUUCGUGCGAGCGCAUGCCGAGCCCCUGGAGUUCGUCAACACGACCACGAGCUGCGAGCUGAUAAGCGCUUACUAUCUUUGGCGACACACUCGUCCGGAUGGCUCGGGUCCGGUUUUGCUGCGCUCUCGUCGCAAACAGGUAUUUGCUUGUUCGCGUGGAGAUAUUGAGCUACGCAAAAAUCGCCAUCCCGGUCGGUCGGGUCGUCGUCACGAGAACUCUCCCCCCGAUAUGAGUGGUUGUUCAAGUGAUACGUUGCCGGGCAUCGCCAGGCAACCUUAUCAACGUCAAACAGUGCGUUCAGAUAAGCCGGCUCCCGGCUCGUUCCAGCGACUCGUAGUGAUUGGAUGGAGCGGUUCAGCUAACGGCACAGUGCAGGCUCGUAAAAUGUUGCUUUAUCAACGGCUCUAUCGCUUCUAUCAGGCUGUUCCUAUCGUCUCCCUGAACAUCAACACAUCGCGGUGCACCCGAGUUCCACAAUUGAUGAACUCCAUCCCUGAAGAAGAGGAGAAUCUGGUAUCUGGGCUGCAAAAUAUGUGUGAAAUAUCAAAAAGCUACUGUGACUUCUCCGACUAG